AUGCUAAUGAGACUGCAGAGAUACCGCUUCACCAUCCAAUACAAGAAAGGAACCUCACUCUACCUGGCAGACACUCUCUCAAGAGCAGCACUACCUACCCCAGUACAUGCCAGGGUCACAGGUUUUGAAGUAUUCAGGACUGAACUCACAGAGGAAUCCGAUACCCACAACCCCCGCCUCACAGAAACCACCGAAUCUCGCCUACGCGACGAGACCAAAAAGGAUGAACACCUCUCCAAGUUAAUGGCCACAAUCGCCCAAGGCUGGCCGGAUGACAGAAAGCAGCUACCACAACCACUACGAGCAUACUGGACCUACAGAGACGAGCUAACCACUGACAAUGGCCUCAUCUACAAAGGCGCCCAAGUUAUGAUACCGCAGUCCAUGCAAGCUGAGAUGCUGCUGAAAAUCCAUGCAAACCACUUUGGUCCUGAAUCAAAUGUACGCAUGGCACGAGACGUACUAUUCUGGCCCGGGAUGAGACAAGCAGUGUUUGAUAUGUGCAACAACUGCAGUACCUGCGCACAGUAUGGAUCAAAGUCAACAAAGGAACCUAUGCGAUCACUUCCGAUUCCAACACUACCAUGGCAGAUCAUCAGCCAAGACAUCUUCCAGUACAGACAGAAAGCCUACCUUGUAACAGUGUGCCAUUUUUCUGACUGGAUCGAAGUGGAUGAACUUGACGACACUUUGGCAACAUCAGUCAUUAACAAAACCAAAGCUCAUUUCGCCAGGUUUGGCGUUCCACGUAUCUGCCACACAGACAACGGACCACAAUUCACCAGUAAGGAUUACAUGGACUUUGCCUCUCAGUACGGGUUCAAACAUACCACCUCAAGUCCCUAUCACUCCCAGGGCAACGGCCGAGCCGAGGCAGCAGUGAAAGUAUCGAAGUCUAUGCUAAAGAAAUCAGAUGACUUCCAAAUCGCCUUGCUCAAUUACAGAAACACACCACCAAAAGACCACACCUACUCUCCUGCCCAACGCAUGGUGAGCCGCCGGACACGAACGACGCUCCCAACAGCUGACCACCUUCUCGAGCCCAUGUCAAUCAACCGUGACACUGUAUCAGCAGAACUCAAGGCCAAACGCAACACCAGUAAAGCUCACUAUGACAAGACUGCGGGCCCAGAGCAGAAUAGCAUCAACAUUGGUGAAUUUGUGUAUGCACGACCACCGACAAGCAAACCAGGCAACCCUUGGGCAUAUGGCCGUGUCACCGGACAACGCCACUCAAGAUCUUACACCAUACAAACGCCCCACAGUACCAUUCGACGAAAUCGGAUACACAUCAGGCAUGCAGUACCUCCUCCUCCCCAAACACCACCGUGCACCCCACCCACGCUCACGCCUAGACCAGGCCACAGCCUUGCAAAUCACUACAAUCGUCUAGGAUCAGAGCUGAAUAUGCCCACUAAUCAGCCUACACAGCAACCACCUCCCUCAUUGGACAAAAGUAACAGCGGCCCAGUUCUCGACACCCCUUCCCCUCCACAACCACAAGAACCAAGCACACCAGCCACGGGCCCAAGUGAGCUGCCUAUCGACACACCCCUUGCUACAAUUCAAGAACAGCCAAGGGAUCACCAACCCGAAAUGAGAACACGCACAAGACUCAUCAAACCACCAACUCGGUUCAAAGACUUUGAACUCAAGUAA